CUUCAUCACAUACACAGGGCAGCGCGGUCACGUGAUCUGCAGGAGUCCCGGCCGGACCGGAGAAAUGUCCGUUCAUGAUCCGAGCAUCGGUGAUUCAGCUCGAACUCUUCAGACGUCCACCCUAUCUCAGUGUAGAUGUUAUUUAGUGAUGUAUGAGUGUGACACGCUGGAGUGCAGCGAGCAGCGUCGGUGAAGAGACACGCGUCGCGUCGCGUUUGCCGCAGCCUCCUUGAUGGACCGCAUGAAGAUCAUUAAGAAGCGGCUGUCCAUGAGCUUGCAGAGCGUCCGGCGUUUGGACGAGAGUCUGUCCGAGCUUCCAGAAGACACCGGCCUGGACGAGCCUCCCCUGACCCGAGACAUCGGUGUAGUCCAGGGGAAAAUGUGGUCGGAUGGAGAAAGUGAUCAAGCUUCAGGAACCUCCUCUGAUGAAGUCCAGAGUCCUGUACGAGUGCGGAUGCGUAGUCUUCAACAGCGCCUCUCUAAUGAGGAAGUCAAUAAACGUCUUUCACUGCCAGCGGAUAUUCGUUUGCCGGAGGGUUACCUCAAGAAGUUCGCCUCGAACAGCCCGCCGUUUGACAAACCUCUCAGUCGAAGGUUUCGCAGAACGUCACUCUCAGAAAUCGGCUUUGGCAAAUUAGAGUCAUAUGUCAAACUGGACAAACUGGGAGAGGGCACAUAUGCCACAGUGUUUAAGGGGCGUAGUAAGUUAACGGAUAACCUAGUGGCUCUGAAGGAGAUCCGGUUGGAGUAUGAGGAAGGCGCUCCCUGCACCGCCAUACGAGAAGUGUCUCUCCUGAAGAACUUGAAACACGCCAACAUCGUCACGCUCCACGACAUCAUCCACACAGAGAAGUGCCUUACACUCGUCUUCGAGUACUUGGAGAAGGACCUCAAGCAGUAUCUGGAGGACUGUGGGAGCAUCAUGAGCGUUUAUAAUGUAAAGAUCUUCCUGUUCCAGCUGCUGCGAGGUCUGGCUUACUGUCACCGGCAGAAAGUGUUGCACAGAGACCUCAAACCGCAGAACCUCCUCAUCAGCGACAGGGGCGAGCUCAAACUGGCCGACUUCGGUCUCGCUCGCGAGAAGUCCGUUCCCUCAAAGACUUUCUCUAAUGAAGUCGUCACUCUCUGGUACAGACCUCCGGAUGUGCUGAUGGGGUCCACCGAGUACUUCACCUCCAUCGACAUGUGGGGUGUAGGUUGUAUAUUCUAUGAAAUGAUCACCGGACGCCCCCUCUUCCCUGGGUCGACGGUGGAGGAUGAACUUCAUCUUAUAUUCCGGAUAUUGGGUUCUCCGACUGAGGACUCUUGGCCAGGAGUCAAUACCAAUGAAAACUUCCUUUCCUUCAACUUCCCCCAUUAUGACGGGGAACCUCUGAUCACUCAUGCACCCAGGAUCACCAAUGACGGUCAUGAUCUGCUAUGCCAGUUUUUACAGUUUGAAGCAAGGCGGCGUAUUUCUGCAGAAGUGGCUCUUCGGCACAUUUAUUUCAGAGAAUUGGGAGACAAAGUACAGGAUCUGGAUGACACUACCUCCAUCUUCUCCGUGAAGGAGAUUCGACUGCAGAGGGACCCAGGAAAACACUUUCCAGCGCAAAGAGAGUUGGCGGUGGUCCAUCGAAUGGGCUCUGCCCCACCUGAACAUUUCCUCUCUGAGGGAGUGAACCGUCUUCUUCAUCCGGCCCCGCUCUCGUCGUAGACCGGCUCAUGCAGAGUUUCCUCUCCUUUGCAUUUGCUGUGUAACAUUUUGUUGGUCUUUCUUUGUUUACAAAGUUCUCUUAUCUUUUAACAUCUUUUUUAAUUGUUUUUAUUUGCACAUAUUUUGUCUCUGUCUGUAAAUAUCUUUAUGAAAGACAGUGAAGAACAAAAAUCAUUGCUAUUAGGCAUCAAGUCCCAAAGAUGUGCAAUGCCCCAAAAAGUGUUUGUUAGUCACUUUUCUUCUGCCAUGGGAAUCUAUUGCAGCCCAAAUUACCACAGGGUCAAAGGUUGUGAAAUGGCAUAGCCAUGGCAUGGGCUCUAAUUGUCAACACAUUAAGGAUUUGCCCCUCAACGUCUCCAGUUUUGCUGUCUUUCCCAUCUUCCAAUUGGGCCAAGCCAAAUUCAGCGCAGUUUCACUGUUAGCCAUAUUGCAUCGUUCUCGGAGAACUUCAAGUUUGCCAAAUUGUAGCUGGUCUCCGAAAAAAGUGUCCAAUCUUGACCACUUUUCAUCCAAUCUUGAGUCCCACAUCAUGUCUUCAGACUAUCUUUGAGAUCUAGCACUUUCAAUUACUACUGUAUAUGAAGUGUAUUACAAAAAUAAACUUGCCUUGCCGGUGCAAAACUAACCAAAUGGAUUUUUAUAAUGCAACAAUUCAGCAAUAGUGAGUCCUUCUCAAUCGCAGGCUGUUUCCUGAGAGCCGUCGAAGGCCGUCUUCAUUUGAAGGAUCCUUGGGAGGCAGUGUAUGUUCUGCGUCCCUCAUUCAGUGUGUUUUGGAGGACACACUAAGAGAAUUGUCAGGAAAUGAAGCCCCCCAGAUGUAGGUCUUCACACAAAAGGUUCCUGUAGGGAGAGGACCAAUAAAACCCGUAUUUCCAGAAGCCCUGUGGAUCUAUACUUUUUAAAAUAAGUUGUUUGGCGUCAUUACCAUUAUCUCUCUUUUCAACUCAGGGGAAGUCUCAUCUAAGUGUUUUGCUUUAACUCAUAUUGACGUGUAUGUGAUGAUGUCACAGGCACAUGUGCAAAGAGCAUGCAAUCAACAUACAACAGAAACUCAGAUUAAAGAUUCACCAUAGGGGCGUAUUUGAAGCAUGGAGUUCAUUUAUACAUGUAAAUAUGCACAAUCACGUGUGCGCAUAUGCAUACUGUGGUAUAAAGAAAUGUGUAAUUCAUUUUUUUCUUUGGAACAUAAGGAGUUCGUAGAGCUGUGGACAACAGCGUGGUAGGGGUGGUUACAGCUCUGGUGACCCGAGGGUGUCUGGACUAGAGUCUGCCGAAUUGAGGGUGUCUAGUCUAGCUUUUGGUGACCCGAAGGUGUCUAGACUAGCGUACGGUGACCCAAAGGUGUCUGGUCUAGUGUCUGGUGACCUGAGGGUGUCUGGUCUAGCUUCCGGCUACCCGAGGGUGUCUGGACUAGAGUUUGGUGACCCGAGGGUGUCUAGACUAGCGUCCGGUGACCUGAAGGUGUCUGGACUAGAGUUUGGUGACCCGAGGGUGUCUAGACUAGUGUCCGGUGACCCGAAGGUGUCUGGACUAGAGUUUGGGGACCCGAAGGUGUCUAGACUAGCGUCCGGUGGCCCAAGGGUGUCUGGUCUAGUGUCUGAUGACCUGAGGGUGUCUGUUCUAGCGUUCGGUGACCCGAGGGUGUCUAUACUAGCGUCCGGUGACCCGAGGGUGUCUAUACUAGCGUCCGGUGACCCGAGGGUGUCUGGACUAGCGUCCGGCGACCUGAGGGUGUCUGGACUAGCGUCCGGCGACCCGAAGGUGUCUGGACUAGCGUCCGGCGACCCGAAGGUGUCUGGACUAGCGUCCGGUGGCCCGAGGGUGUCUGGACUAGAGUUUGGUGACCCGAGGGUGUCUAUACUAGCGUCCGGCGACCUGAGGGUGUCUGGACUAGCGUCCGGCGACCCGAAGGUGUCUGGACUAGCGUCCGGCGACCCGAGGGUGUCUGGACUAGCGUCCGGUGGCCCGAGGGUGUCUGGACUAGAGUUUGGUGACCCGAGGGUGUCUAUACUAGCGUCCGGUGACCCGAGGGUGUCUGGACUAGCGUCCGGCGACCUGAGGGUGUCUGGACUAGCGUCCGGCGACCCGAAGGUGUCUGGACUAGCGUCCGGCGUCCGGCGACCCGAGGGUGUCUGGACUAGCGUCCGGUGACCCGAGGGUGUCUGGACUAGCGUCCGGUGACCCGAGGGUGUCUGGACUAGCGUCCGGUGGCCCGAGGGUGUCUGGACUAGAGUUUGAU